AUGACGAAUGAACAGACCAAGAGGCCAGACGAGUAUUAUUUGGUGGAUACAGGUAAAACUUAUAAACCAUCUAGACCAACACCUCUAGAUAACCUUGUACGAUUAUAUAACCUCGAGCCAAUAGCUAAACAGUUGGCGAGAACGAAUCCUGACGGUUCCAAAAAUGUUAAGCUAAGAAAAUCCUAUAAAGCGCAUAUUCAAGAUUUACCAGGGAAACAUCAAAUCCCUCCACUGAAGUCAAUAGCUAUUGGUUUGAUGGAUCCACUGAUACCACGACAUCCAGAUAUUAUUAGAGAAUUCGACCAAGAUUUGUUAGGUAAAGCGUUACGUUUUGAUCGAACGCCAAUUUCUGGUAUACCAGGUUUCAAUGCUCUUGAUUUGGCCGUUAAUGAUCAACAAACAGGUAUGGGUGGUGGGGGUGACGAUAUUGAUGAAGACGGAAAGAGUCGCAAGAGGAAGAAGAAAACACAGCUUGGAGUGUCAAGAGCUAGUGCUAAUGACAGUGUUAAUGACAGUGUGCUAGUGUCAAGAGCUAGUGUUAAUGACAGUGUUAAUGACAGUGUGCUAGUGUCAAGAGCUAGUGUUAAUGACAGUGUUAAUGACAGUGUGCUAGUGUCAAGAGCUAGUGUUAAUGACAGUGUGCUAGUGUCAAGUGCUAGUGUCAAGAGCUAG